CAAGGUCAUGGUGAUAAUGAAUGUAGGAAAUCUAAAUCUGAGAAGGAAGCUAAUGAGGUAGUUAAUGUAGCUGGAGGUGCUAAAGAAAGCAAACAGUCUACUGUUCCAGAAUUAAAAGAAUGGGGGGGUAACAGAAAAGGAAAAGAGUGGCAGACUGUGAAAGGCAAAGGGAAGGCGAAGAAUAAAGAGAAGCAAAAUAUGGAGGGGCAUAAAACCAACAAAGGUGAUGGCAACCUAUUUAACACGCUUCGUGGGGAACAUUCUGGUAAAGGUGUUUUGGGUGUGAAAAAGAAUUGUAAUAUGCAACAACAAGAAGAGGUUAUUGUUAUAGAGGAGACUUUGAACGUACAAAAGGAAGGAGGUGAGACGACCAUAGGGGAAGUUGAACAAGGGGUGACCAAUGAGGAAUCACCAAAUGUCUUAAGAAAAGGAGAGGCAGCCAAUGAAGUUAGGGAUUCUACUUUCCCAGACAAUUUUGUGAACCAGGAACUGAACCAGGGGGAAAAUCUUGAAGGGACAGCCUUGAGCUUGGAGGAGGAGGUCAAUAUUAACACUCAGGAACCUGAUGGCAGGGACCAGGAUAGCUCAGAAAACAAAGAAUUGUUCUGUGCUUUAAAUAAAAAAUGUUCCUCCAUGGGGGACUCCUUUUUAGUGGACCAUAACUACUCACCCGUAUGGGGGGUAAUGACUGUUGUUGAUGAGGGUAGGGGAUUAAUUCAAAGAACUGAACCCCCUGACAAAGGUUACUGGUCGGAUAAGGGAAGCUCUUUGAGUGUAAACAAUGCACAACAUACUUUGGGGGAGGAUGAUGAUGAUUCUGUUGAGCCAGAUGUGAACUCCCUUGAAGUUUACUCUCAGGAGGUGGAAAAUGAAAACAACAUGGGGGCGAUGAAUCUUUCUUCUUCUCAAUGA